GUAAACUUGAAUGGUAUGUAGUUGGUACAUGCAACACUCGUUAUUAGUUGUUGAAUAAGCGAGCAACGGCUUCCAAAUUUUUUUUUGCAUACGGAAAGUUACGUUACUAAACAUAAAACGAAAUUAUAAGAUCAGCGUAAAUAAUUGGAAAAUGGGUUACACCAAAGUGGAAGAUGUGCUACAAGAUUUAGGUGGAUACUCCAAAUAUCAGAAAUGGUUGUCAUUGGCUCUGAUAUUUCCCCAAUUUCCCACUGCGUUGAUAGUUCUUUCACCGAUAUUUACGGGGACGAGUAACGUUCCGUUAUUAUGUCCAACCAGUUCCAUCAGACACAAUUCAACAGACGCUUGCAUCAACGCUCUGAAUUGCACAGACGAUUCCGAAAAUUUUGAAUUCGUUUCAAUUGUACAAGAGUGGAAUCUAGUGUGCUCGAUGAGCUGGGUCACUGAUACAAUAACCAGUUUCCAAAUGUCGGGAAUGAUGAUCGGAGCUUUUGUUUCCUCAAUAUUUUCAGAUACAUACGGACGGAAGAAAUGCUUUAUCAUACAGACGUUUUUAAUGGGCUUGCUAGGAAUGGCUCCAGCAUUAGCAUCUGGACCUUGGUCGUAUGCUGUAGCUAGAUUUUUUGCUGGAUUUAGUGUCGGAGCAACAUUUGUCGUUUACUUAUCACACCUAACGGAGUUUCUCGUUCCUUCAUGGAGAAAUAUAUGCGGAGCCUUAAGCUUCUAUCCUAUUGCAGAAAUGGUAUUGCCGCUUCUAGCUUGUUUAAUUGGAAGCUGGCGACUUCUAACAUUUGCAACAGCAAUUCCAGCUUUGUUCCUCCUUGCUUUCUAUCGCUUCAUCUUAGAGAGCCCGCGAUGGCUUCUAGUUAAAAAUCGUCCAGACGAGGCACACAAAGUUUUUGAAAAAAUCGCUGAGUGGAAUUCAAAGCCAGUACCACGCCUUGACGAAAUUAAAGAACUGCAAUCGGUCAUUUUGAAACAAGAAACGGCGGCACUGAGUGGCCUCAAGGCAAUGAAAACCAUCAUGAAAAAUCAAACGCUUCGACGAAACUUAAUCAUCGAAACAUUUUGUGUUGUAACGUGUGCGAUUGUCUUCUACGGAGUUUCGUUCAAUGCGAAAAAUCUCGGUGGCAAUAAAUACCUGAACGUCUUCUACAUGGGUGUGCUGGAUUUUGUCGCAAGUCCUGCGUCUAUGCUUUUCUCCAACUGUAUGGGGAGGCGAAAAACGUUCAUGAUUUUUAUGUUUAGCGGUACAACGUUUAUGAUAGCAAUUGUAUUCCUUUUAAUGCUAAAUCCAUACGGUUCAUCCAGUCCAAUUAUUGUAAUCGCUUUAUCGCUUGGUGGUCGAUUUUUUAUAGUCGCUGGUUGGAGUGGAUUAAAAGUAAUGAUUCUAGAAACGUCGCCUACAAAUCUACGAGCCACAUGUAUAGGCUUAACCGUAUUUGCUGGAUAUUUCGGAGGAGUUCUCUCUCCACAGCUUGCCACAUUGGCGACAGUUUCACCUGCUCUACCGUACAUAAUUCUAAGUUCUAUGACUGUAUUAUCGUCGAUAUUUUCAUGGUUUUUGUCGGAAAUGCUCGAAAAACCGCUAACAGAUACAAUGGAAUUGGAUGUUAGAGUAGCUGAUAAGAAUCGUGAUGAGCAGUAAAGACAGACAUGGUCGGAAAGUGUAAACAUAAAGUAUUUUUUGAAAUUUGUUAGACUUAAAGAAAUAUAACGAAGCACUUGA